GCAGUUCCCUUUGCCCUUACUAGACAUGGCGCUGGCCAGCGUGUUGGAGAGGCCGUUACCCGUGAACCGGCGUGGGUUUUUCGGGCUCGGGGGUCGUGCGGAUCUGCUGGACCUGGGUCCAGGGAGUCCCAGCGAUGGGCUGAGCCUGGUCGCGCCCAGCUGGGGUGUCCCAGAGGAGCCGAGAAUCGAAAUGCUUCAUGGAACCACCACCCUGGCCUUCAAGUUUCGCCAUGGAGUCACUGUUGCAGCAGACUCCCGGGCCACAGCAGGUGCCUACAUUGCCUCCCAGACAGUAAAGAAGGUGAUAGAGAUCAACCCCUACUUGCUGGGUACCAUGGCUGGGGGUGCAGCGGAUUGCAGCUUUUGGGAGCGGCUGUUGGCUCGGCAGUGUCGAAUCUAUGAGCUUCGAAACAAGGAACGCAUCUCGGUAGCAGCUGCCUCCAAGUUGCUUGCCAACAUGGUGUAUCAGUAUAAAGGCAUGGGGCUGUCCAUGGGCACCAUGAUCUGUGGCUGGGAUAAGAGAGGCCCUGGCCUCUACUACGUGGAUAGUGAAGGAAACCGGAUCUCGGGGGCCACCUUCUCUGUAGGUUCUGGCUCUGUGUAUGCUUAUGGGGUCAUGGAUAGGGGUUACUCCUAUGACCUGGAGGUGGAAGAGGCCUAUGAUCUGGCCCGUCGAGCCAUCUACCAAGCCACCUACAGAGAUGCCUACUCAGGAGGUUCUGUCAACCUCUACCAUGUCCGGGAGGAUGGCUGGAUCCGAGUCUCCAGUGACAAUGUAGCUGAUCUACAUGACAAGUAUAGUGGAUCUACCCCCUGAAGGAGGGCAGAUGUGGCUGCUUGCCUUGCUUGGGGUGACUGUUGUUGGUAAUAUGGGUACAGCUCCCCAUCCUGUAGUGGAGGGGUCCCUGAUUGUAUCGAUCAUUUUUUUUAAUCUCUGGUGCAUUGACCUCCAUGUGUUACCCGUUGUUAAUGAGUUACUGCAGAGGUAAUUACUUGUUUUACUUUCUUGGAUGUUAACAUUACACUACUCGAUCUCA